UUCCGGGGAACAACUGUCCAGGGGGAAUUGUCACUGAACCCAUUUUAUAUAAAAAAGCGUACGCACAGUCGAACAUAAGAAACACCCGAAAGCAAUUUUUUUUAGCCUUAUAUAUAAACACUCAUGCACAGUUAAACGAAAAAAAAUCUCCGUCUAAUGUGUGAAGACCUACUGUUCCUCUAAAACAGAAAUGCUCUCGUUUAUUCAACUUACAUUUUCACAAUAAAGGCGUUUGCGCAUUUAUUACAUACAUCGUCCCAGCAUCUGUAUAAAAACUACAACACUAAAUCAUACCGAAAGAGUGCAAUAGAGAUGCUCAAUGUGAGUGUGAAUACGCUAUAGCGUUUGCAAAUUUUUAAAAACAAAACAAAGUUUCGAUGUAGGCCGUUCUCCAGAAAGUUAGCAUAAAGGAUGAAAUAGCAAUUUGUUUAUGUAGAGAGUUUUUUGGGAAUUGACAUAUUAGGUGACAGUGCUUAGUAAUGUCACAAAUGAUUUGGUUCGUUGAUGAUCAAGGAUUCGACUUCUCCCACCUCAGAAAGCAGUACUGCAAUAAUUAACAAUCUCGAUUACACAGACAGCGCACCUAAACCAUUCUCUAUUGCUCAACGACCGCGGAGAAAGAAAUUAUCAACCAAGGCUGACCGAGAUAACAGAGUCAAACGCGCUAGUUCAUUGUACCAAUCAGUUGACGAUAAAUCAAUAUUUCAAGCUAGUGAGUGCGAUCUUAACUUUAUAGAACGACGACGGGCCGUACUAAGAAAAAAGCAGGAACUUCUCAACAGAUCUGUAGUUGUUAAUAAAUCAUCUAAUGUAUUGGACAAAAACCUAAUUAAAAAACUUACAAGUCAAGGUAGAAAAAAAGACCAGAAUAACGUAUCGCUAGAUUGCACGGAAGAAAACUUUCGCGAGGGAAACACUAAACUAUUAAGUUCCACUGAAGAUAAGGUCAAGGCUACUGAAUUACCACAGAAUAUAAAUCAGGUUACCAAAAAGUUAUUCAGUUCCAAUGAGAAUAAGUUAACAACCUUUGGAAAAUUUAAACAGAGUCAGAAUAACACCAAAAAAUCGAGCAACACUGCCAACGCAGAGAACGAAGAAAAGUUUGACAAAAACCAAAAACUUGUAUCAACCGCGAAUAAAUUACAAACCAGACGAAAGGCUUCGAAAAAACCAACAGGAACAAAACAAGAUGAGGUACAGAAAAGUAAACUUCGCGAAACGUUCUACCGACUUUUAUGCUGUCGUAAUUUCUACUCCAUCGCUUUGUAUUUCACAGUUCUCGUAUUUGCUGCAGUAUUUGCUUUAGCUUUAUUCAAAGUAUGUAUUUUAAUGAAGCAGGAACGACACAGACAUCAUUUCCACAAACACCAUCAAAAUCGCACCCACCCUAUAAAGAACUUUCAAAAUUCAUCAAACUCGUUACACAACGCUACGGAACGAACUGAUACUGAUAUAAGUAACAAGACAACAUAUACUAACAUAAAAACUGGAGACAAUGGAAUCGAAAAUAAAACUUUACACUCAUCCACCAAUAACAUUGCAGCAUCCACAAACAGUAGUUCAACUGAAGACCUUGCAACGCCUAUCAAUGAUGGCUUUGCACAAUUUCAAAAUGGCAGUCUUAAAGAUCCCGUCGUGUCAAAGCCAUAUAACAACACUACACACAAUAACAGUACUGUUACUCAGAAUUUUAGAAGUGAAAUUCCAAAUGCAAACAGUGGUAUUAUUCCCUUGCGUUCAAAUGAUAGAACUUCUAACAUGAAUUACCUACAAGAUGGGUCAAAAUUUUUAGACAGAAUUGCAGAAAAUAAAACUGCGCAAAUUUCCUCUGUUGAUAUACAUAACCAAACUGUUAAAAACGUCUCAACUCCAACAACAACAAAAACUACAACCGGAACGACAACAGCCAGAACGAGAACAGCUGGAACAACAACAACCGGAACGACAACCCCUAUUCAGUCACCUUCCACUACAACGACAACGAAAACGCCAUUUUUAAGAUUACCAACAACAACAACAACAGCAGUAACAACAACAGCUACAACAACGCCAUUUUACACGACGUCGCGAUAUUACGGUCGACCUGUUUGGAAUGGAUACACAUGGAUAUGGCAAACAGAAAGUUUGAAUAAACGGCAAAACAUCCCUCAAGAACCAACAUUACGAGCAACUACUCCAAACAUCUUACCCUUGCCGGAAGUUUACACGACUAUUGCACCCAUGAGCAUAGCACUAGCUGACAAGCUCGCCUCCGCAAGCAUUGGUAAACUCUCUCCAAGUGUUAAUGCUGGCCUAAAAAAUAACCUUGCUAUUAAUGAUGACGACGAAAUGGCAGAUUUAGAUACAAUAGGUAGCGGAGAGGACUGGAAGACACUCACACCGCGUAAACAUUCACAUGAUGUGGGUUCUUACUAUGAUUAUGGUGCCAAUAGUGCUCCUACUGUUGUUCGGGAUGACUUUCCGACACCAGUUCAUGACGACGAACAAGUAGUCGUAACAACAACCACACGGCGAAUUGUGCCAACUCAUGACGAUUUUGACUCAGACGAUGAUGAGGAAGACAACGACGACGAAGAUAAAGCGAUAGAACAACAGCUUAUGAAACAUAUGAAAACGAGAGAGUCUAAGAAACAAACAAAAAAUAUUCAUAAGAAAAAACACAAAGUGGAAAAGAAAUCUAAAACGACAAAGAAGAAACAAGAAAAAGAAAAACAGAAGAGGAAAUCAAAAUCGAAAAAGAAAAGCAAGAAGCAUGUAAAGCGUCAUUCUACCACAACGACACAAGCCACUACAACAACGACACAAGCCACUACAACAACGACAACAACAACAAAAACAACGAAAGCUACAACAAAAUCUACUGCACCAACCGUAGCGACAACAACUACAACCACGACAGUAGCAACCACGAAGCCGCCAACGACAACGUCGACUACAACCACGACCACCACGACAAAAAAACCUACAACCAAGAAAACCUCAACAUCCACAACUACAACGACGCCAAAAUCUGAAGCGUUUUUAGAAAAUUCUAUUCUAGACGAUCUGCGUCGAUUAAGACAUAAUAAACAUGCUGGUACAUUUGAUGACGACAGUGUAGAAAUAUUUCCCGACAAGCUUCAUUGGGACGGCGAAAGACGGAAAUUUGUGGAAGCUGAAGAAAAUGGCGAUAUAGAUGACGAACAGUAUGAGCGAGCUGGACACGAAAACAGCAAGAGAAGAAACAAAAUUGUAGACGGCGAAAAUAACGACGACGAUGAUGACAAAAAUAACGGCAGAGAUGACAACAGUAGCAAGAAAAAGCAGGACUUAAUACACAAAUUAGAAACAUUUCAUGAAAAUAUGUUUUCGAAGCCUUCCUUUGGGGACAAUCUAGACUCACGAGGAAAAGAACUUCCACAUCAAAAACUUAAAGCAAGUGACCUUCCUGGGUUGCACUCACACUCUUAUAAAACUCUGUUCUCAGGAUCACAAAAUGAAGGUAAAAUUGACCAGGAUGAUGAUGAAGUUAGUAUUGACGGUAUUAAUAAGGAAAAAUCUAAAGAAGUGAAUGAUAAUGACGACGACGACGAAAACUACGACGUUGCCAUUCCAACAUCUUCAAUAAAAGCGUCAAAAAUACACAGGAAAAUCAGCUCUGCUAAAAUGGUGGAUAACGAAAAUGCCGACGACGAUGAAAACGACGAAUCGAAAACAAAAAAAACAGACAGGCAGUUUGAAAGUUCGUUAAAUGAGGACGACGACAAUAACGACGACGAGAACGAAAAAAAGGAAAACGUCGGUACGAUGUAUGCCAAGAAGAAGGAAGCAUCACCAACGGAGAAUUUAAUUAAAGAUUUAAACGAAUACGAUAAACGACGUGGAAAAGAGACGCAUGAUUUUGACGACACUAGUAACGAUGAUGACGAAAAUGAUACGAUCAAGGAAAGCAGUGUUGAGGAGGGUGGCGAAGACAAUCAGUUAGAUGAAGCUUCUGGGGAUGAAACAUCCGAAGAAAGCGAAGAUGAAGAUUUUGACAUUGAAGAACCUAAAAAGCGUAUGACGUAUUUAGAACGCAUCACAUAUCUGAAACGACAAAUGCUCAAAACACGACAACGACACGCUAAGAAGAAAACAAGCAAAAAUGGUGACGCACACAAACGAAAAGAAAUACCAAAGAAAAAACAUAAGAUUGCCAAGACUACACCUAAACAUUAUAAGACAACAUCAAAACACCACAAAACAACACCAAAACAUCACAAAACCACAAAACAACACAAAACCACAAAACACUCUAAAUCAAAGAAGACAACCAAGCAUAUUAAAGCAAAGAAGACAACGCGAAAGGAAAUCAAAACGUACAAAUUAAAAUCAUGCGUACGAAUCAAAACGUUUUCGAGAGGAACAGGAGAUGUGAAAAAAGUUGAAGGACCAAAGAAAAAGCAUGGAAAGAUAUUUUACAAAAUACGAGCAUGUGGGAGAAAGAGCGGAAAACAUAAAGUCGCGCGAAAGUGUUAUGACAUAGAUUAUAAAAUAUCUACCGGAAAGUUAUCUAUAAAGAAAGAAAGAGAAAAGGGUAAGAAGAUCUUCUCUAUUUAUGGCUGCAAAAAUGACAAAGGAGACAGCUCAAAGCGCAAUUCGAUACCAUUUACGAAGAAGAGCACUGAUGCUUCUGGGGAAGGCGAGUCUGAUGAAAGUGAAAGUGGCAGCGGCGACCAGAUAUUGGAUGAUUUCUCAGGAAGCGGCGAUGACGGUACAGAGUCGCGUAUUCACAAGAGUAAAGCUCACCAUGAUCUCCAUCAUAAUGAAAAACAACAGAAACACCCAACAACAAAAAGUAGCAAGCAUAAACGUGAAACUACGGAGAAGUCAAACAAAUUUGGUGACCUCAUGAAAAUGAUAACUGACAUGAGAGAAGAAAUGAAAAAGCAAUCAAAAGAAAAAGUUAACGAGAAGGAACUGGUGAAAAGAGUGCAGAAACUUAUGAAGAAGAAAAAGGAAGAGGAAAAGAAGAAACCUACAUCGAAACAUGGUGAUAAAGAAUAUAAACAUACCACGACGCGCUAUAAUGACAAAUACUCCACAACAACACAUAAACAUGGCAAACACAAAGACAAUGUUCAUGAAACGCGAUAUGAUGAAAAUGAUAAAGAAGAUCAGGACGAUGAUGAGCUGUAUAGUGAAAAUCACAAAAAAGAACAUGAUGAUGAGGCGCGUUAUCGCGAAGAUCACGCGAAGAUACAUGACAGAGUACGACAUAAUGAAAAUGGGAAAGAUGAUGGAGAUGAUGAUAAACAUGAUGUUAAAGCGAAAGAUGAAAAUCGGAAUGAAAAUCGGAUUGAUGAUCGAGAUAGCAAUCAGGAUCACAAAAGCGAACAUAAUGGUAGACAUUCUAAGGAGCGGAAAUCUAAAGAUCGCGAAAUACAUGAUGGAGAUGAAAAAUAUUAUGGCGAUGACCGAUAUGAGCAUUCUUAUCAUAAACACAAUCACCAAAAUGAUGAAGAAAAUAAUCCCGAUGAUGGAGAAUAUAAUAAAAACGAUGAAAAGUAUUCAACCAGAACAACCAGAAAGCAUUCUUACGGAGAUAAUCGUGGUGACAAAGACGAUGAAGUUCAGAAAAAGAGAUCGAAAGAUCAACACAUAAAAUUUGAGGAAAAAGAUGAAGAGGAGGAUGGAGGAAGCGCUGAGGGUGGCUUUAAACGAAAACAACGUCACUUCUCCAAAUAUAUUCGAUACCGACGUUUACGGCAUCAUGACUCAAACGACGAAGAUAACAACGAUAACUUCGAUUAUAAUCCAGAAAAAAAGACUUCUAUGCUCGACGCAAAUGAACGGGAUGACGGUAAUAAUGACGACAUCAUGAAACAUCAUGACGCCUAUAUGACGAAAAAUAGUAACGACAAUACGAACAGCAUUGAAAAUAUGGUCGCUAAAAUUUUACCGGCCGUUAUGAAAUCUGUGUCCAGGCAAACGUCUGAAAAUAGUUUUAAGAGGAGCGGUAUACCUACAGCUUUGCCGACGAUGCAACCAUCACGUCACCAUACUACCGUCAAACGUACAACAAUUCGUAUACAUAAAACGACGCCCCGACAUACGCACGUCAAGACUACAAAACAUGUCCCGACACAUACUGUUCAAAAAAUUCGACAUACAACCAUAGCAGCUAACUUAAAUAUGAUUGUAAAAGGUCUAAAAGCAUUGGGUAUUUCACCGAACAGUCUGAACCAAAAUAAACAAGCAGACAAAAGGAAGGCACCCACUAAAUCUCCUCAAUCCGUAAGUCCAAGACAUUUUUCAUCGCCCCGUCCGCACGUGGUUAAUUUGCAUAACCCGAGCAAGAUAAGGAUUUUAUGUUUUGGAGAUAGCUUAACAGCCGGUUAUAACGCUCAUGGAAAGAAUUUUUAUCCAUACUGCGGUCGCUUACAAAACGUUUUAAAUUAUAGGUCAAACGUGCCCGUUUACACUGACACCAAAGGGAUUGUGGGUGAAAUGACUCAUAAACAAAUGACACAUCGAUUACCCAUGGUUCUAGGCAACGCAACGUCGGAAUAUGAUUGGAUAAUUAUUCUAGGAGGAACCAAUGAUAUUUUACAUGUGAAAAACUUUGCUGACGAUCAGGAGUUUCUGAACCAAUUAGAAACGGUUUGGCAACCGCGUAUAACAAAGGACAUUGAAAAGCUACACCAGACCGCGUAUAAAUACGGCGCUCACACUGUGCUUCUAACUGUACCAGAGAACUCAAUCGAAGUUUGGCCCGAGUAUAAGCCAUUACUAAAAAUGAGACAAAGGAUCAACGAUGCUUUAAGAAAUUUUGCAUUUGCUAGUAAAGGAAAAACAGUUUUAUGUGAUUUAGCUAGAAAGUUACCGAGACAUUCACUGGGUCCUGUUCAAGAGGCAAGACUUUGGGAUGAUCAUUUACAUAUGACACCUGAAGGAUACACAAAAAUGGCGGGAAUUAUUGCAGACUGCUUAAAACCAUACUUACCGCAUUAGGUAUUUUUAGUUUUUGUAUAUUUAUAUAGCUUUUUAUAAUUUUUUUUGUAUAUAUUAUAUCUUUUGUUAACAUAUUUGUAACAACA